GGUUAAUGCAACUUCCGCUAGAGGUCGCCUGUCAUCAAAAAUAGAAAGUGAACUAUUGAUUUUUGCUAAAUUAUUCCAUUUUCAUGUAUAUUCAAGCGAAUUCAUUACAUUGAUUCUAUGGUGAUGGAAGCUAGUUGAAGAUGUUUUCAGUGCGGAUAGUAUCCACUGACCAUUAUAUGUCCGCGCCCGUUAGGGGUCUGGAUGUACAUUAUGCCGAACAGCGAUGCUCCGAGGUAAAGAAAGUUCCGGUUGUGAGGAUAUUCGGUUCAACACCAGCAGGUCAGAAAACAUGCAUGCAUGUUCAUGGAGUGUUCCCGUACCUUUAUGUGCCAUAUGACGGGACAGUGCCAUGGGAUCGGUAUUUACGGCACUUUGCGACGAGUCUUGACAAAGCCAUCAAUGUUGCCCAGGGACACAGUCAAGCAAAUAUACAGCAUGUAUACAAGAUAGUGCUGGUUUCUGGGAAAUCAAUGUAUGGCUACCACGACAAGGAGCAGCAGUUUCUGAAGAUAUAUUUCUAUAACCCAAGUAUGAUCAAAAAAGCUGCAGAUUUAUUACUUGGUGGAGCUGUAUUAAAUAAGCCUUUCCAACCCCACGAGUCUCAUAUACCUUAUACAUUACAGUUAUUUAUAGACUACAAUCUGUAUGGGAUGAAUAUGAUAAAUGCAGCUGCCGUCAAAUUUAGGAGACAGUCAGAAAACGAUGAAUAUGAAGUUAUGCCACUAAGCCAGGGGUCAGAUGAAGGAUUUGGAUCUGACCCAAAGACACCUAUUUCAUUUACAGGACUUUUGAACCGAUCUGGUUCGGUGACGCCUUCACAGCGGUUGUGGCAGAAUGAGAACAUACCCAGUGAACUAUACCUUGAUGGUAGUGUAGAAAGGUUAAGUACAUGCGAGCUAGAGGUAGAUGUGGUUGCAGCUGACAUUCUUAAUAGACUUGAAGUAGGAGCAAACAUUGGCACAAAUCCUGGCCUUGCUGCACUUUGGGAAGAUGAGCGCCAGAGGAGGCGGGACCGAGGGGACUCCACUGAUAUUGCCCCGCCAGAAUCCCAAGAGAGGGUAGAUAUUGAUGUAGCCGAGAGUGAGAGGAUUCUUAGAGAGAGGUUACAGCAGAUAUUAUUAGACCUACAGCCAUACAUGGACAGCCAGUCUGAUACAGAGUCAGAACUUUCACAGGAUUUCCCUCUGACACAAGCCUCAGAUGUCCAUCUUCAUGGUUCACAAGAUGAUGAUGUAGGAGGUUCUCAAGACACUGUGAUGUUUGAUGAAGAGGAUCUGGAAGAAGAUAAACCAGUGGUGAACGAGGAAUCUAUACACAGAAUUGUCUCCUUUAGUCAGAGCUUCUGUGAUGUCAGGCCUGAAGUGCCCAAAGUUUCAAGUCAAGAUAAAUCUCUAGUAGACAUUUUGGCAUCAUUAGCAGACGACACUUCUCCGCCAUCUUCCCAGAAUGCAGCAGCUGAUGUUGUAGCAUUAGAAGAACAAGACAGUAUCCUGUCACAGCUUUCACAGCCAAGAGAUAAAAAAGUUGAUGAAGAAGAGGAAGAGGAAGUUCUUGAAAUGUCACAGCUUGUGUGGGAGGGAGAAGAUGAAAAGGGUGAAGAUGAUGAAGCUGCUAAGUUUGAUCUUGCUGGAAUGGACGAUACUUGGAUCGAUUCUCAGAUAGAUACUCCUGUUGAUGCUGUAAACAAUGAUACAGAUAAGGCUGAAGUGAUAGAUGAUUACAGUAGUGACAGUGAUGCUGCUAGUGAUAUUAUUCCUCAGUAUGACGGGCCACCUGAUCAGAAAGGGGAUGCAAAACGUGCUGAAGCUAAGGAAGCAAUACUGAAAAGGCUUGGAAUGAGGGGUCCAACUUCCAACCUGACCAUGCCAAACAGAGGUGCCGUGACACAAUAUGAUGCAUUUGGUAACAUGAUAGCAAGCAACCCAUUUGCUGAUGCUCCAAGUCCAACUCAGAAUUUCAACACUUAUCCUAAUAAUCAAGUAUCACAGUUCCAAGGACCAGGUAACUGGAAUGCACCUGGAAAUCAAUCUUGGAGUAGGAAUAUACCACAGCAGAACAUAGGAAUGCACCAUUCACCAGGGGCUGGUUCCAGUCCUUCACAUCAGCAUCACUCACCUGGUAGUUACCACCAGUCUCAGCAUUCACCAUCAGGUGGAAACCAGUAUAGUCCAAUUGGUGGUAAACCAUCAUACCAGAUGUCACCUGGGAGCCAGAAUGUGCAUAAUCAGUAUGGAGCUGGUAACCAGUCAUAUGGCCAGAGUUCACCACAGGGUCAGCACUCGCCAAGAUCAUAUCAGAACCAGUACCCUACUCCACAGGGCUUCAGUCCAGCAGGUAAUCAGCAGAUGUCACCACCCUAUACAGCUCAACACUUACAUCAUGCUCAACCCCAUUCUAGUCAAUCAACUGUACCAUAUAGCCCACCACAGACUUACUCACACAGCCAAAAUCAAAGAACACAUGACAUGAAUAGGUUCAUGCAAGGAGGAGCAGAAAGAUUCCCACAUUCUGGUGGAAAUUUCCCUCAAAAACUGGAUUCGCCUCAUAUGCAUGAAUUAGAAAGACACAAUCCUAGAGAAGCUUUUCCUGUACCUACAUACUCAAGACCCAAUCAAGUUAAUACAUCGCAGGGUCAUUUAAUGUCAAUGGCUAGUCAGAUACAAGGACUGCAGUCCCAUGAUGUUAAAAGGUCCAUUCAAAAUCCAGCACAACUUAAACCACAUAGUUAUGGGUUGAAUUCAAAUCAGUCUAGUCAAAUGAAUGAUAUUCAAAAUCAAUACCAGCAAAACAAUGCAGGCAUAACCAAUGCUCAACAGAAUACAUCAGAUUUACCUAUGUAUACAGCUCAACCAUUAAGUGCUGGAGUUUCUAGUCAUCAUUCUAGCAGCGUCGACAGUUUUCAAGGUAUAGAUCAGUCCAACUUCGAUACCAAGAGACCAAAUCCAGCAAUGCUUUCAAAUCAAAUUGUGGCAAAUUUGCUUGAUCAAGGAAGAAGUCGAAGAGGUCGAGGCAGAGGUAGAAGUCAAAACUCUCGUGCUACAGUGCAGGCUCCUGGUAACCAUGAAAAUUUCAUGACAUCUCCAGAGCCUCAGAAUAAAACUGUCAGACAAUUCCUAAGUAAUGCAUUACUGCAGCGACGUCAGAAGGCUGGCUCAGUCGGAGAAUUCCCUGAUCCACUCUGUGUCCAAAGUGAUUUGGCAAAUGUAAGACCUGAUACCUAUGGUAGACAGAUGAGUAAUGAAGGUGGCAGCUAUACCCAUAUGAAUGAUAACUCCCCAAAAGGACACUUGCAGCUUUCUCCAAGAACUCCAUCAGGGGAUUCUGGCAUGCAGAGCCCUGGUUCUGCAAGUUCAAAAUUAUCAGAGCCAUUUGUUGGUCCAGUGACGAAGUAUUUCCAAAGAAGAUUAAUGUAUGAGCAGAUAAGCCCUCCUGCUACGCCAAUCAGCACUACUUCCAGUGAAACCAGUAAGAAGCCUCAAGCUGCAUAUAGCCCAAGUGGUAACUUCUCUGACCCACAAAUAAGUCCAUUGCAAAGGUUACUGCUUGACACCUCCGAGCUUCCAUUGACAAGACCAGAUCAAAGGCAGAGAACUUCAAGUAGGAGUUCAAUUUCAAGUUUAUCGUCUGUGGGAUCUGAAAAACCUCACAAUCUUUCUCAACAAGAGGGGUUCCUGCCUACCAGAUACAAUCAUGAGAAAUCCAGAUUGUACAACCUUUUGUCCUCGAAGAAAAAUGAGACGGAGCCUAAAAAAGAAACCAAAAAUGUUAUCGAAAACACACAAGCAAGUUUGAAUGAUAGUCAACAAGAUUUAUUUGCUGAUUCACUAUUAUCAGACAUUGGUAGUGUAGAAAAUAACACUGCUGAUAGUUUAAGUUCUUUAUUUAGUGAUGAUGGACCAAUGAAAGCAGCUGUCCAAGAUGGUGGAGCAACUGCUGGUAAUUUUGUCAAUAAAAGUGGAACACAGACUGCACAGUCUAAAGAUGAUUUUGCAUCUUUGUCAAGUUUGGAAAGUUUUGUUGGUAGUGUGAGAAAUGAAACAUCUGAAUUUGGAGUGAAUUUCAACAAAACUAGUUCAACAGAUCAAUUGAUUGAUAGUAUGGUAUCAGAUAAUGUGGUUCCCCACAAUACCCAGGAAAUUUUGAGUCCUGCCAGGACACUGACAUCUAAUAAGCAAACAAUUGGAUCUAUGAUGACUGAUAGUCAAGAAAAUAUAGUCCAGGAGAGUCACAUGGUUGGUAGUCAGCAGGCAAUUGGUCAAAGACCAAGUGCUGGAAAUCAGAACACUUUUGACACAUUUCCACAGACAUUUCAGCCUAGUCAUAGCAGAGGUUCCCACAUACAAAGUGUUCGAGGCAGGGGUAGAGGUCAUUCAUCUUAUCAGAGUCCCAACAGAAGUUACAACCUCACAGACUGGCCUCAAUAUGCUGCACAACCUGGCCAAAAUGUUGUCCGUGGAAGAGGCCAGAGAAGGAGAGGUAGGCCACCAGUAAAGAAAGUGGAAACAUUUGGAGUUGUUCAGAAAAAGAAAAGGGGUAGGCCAAGAAAAAUUGCUGAAAAUUUUACAUUACCAUCCAAUUUUCCGCAACAAAGUAAUCUUCAAGCUCAAAGUCUAAUACACUCUGCAGAAUCUCAGUUUUCACAGCAGUUACAGAAUCAGUAUUCAAUACCACGUAAUGUUGAUAUGCCACCAAAUGUUGACCCAUACAAAGAUAUGGACAUGAAUAUGCCUUACUAUCAAAGUCAGAGUAAUAAUCAAUCACAAUCAUUUUCACAGUUGUUAGAAGGUGAUAACAGUGAUCUACUUAAUGAAUUUUCCACAACUGGUAAUAUGAUGGGAAGUGGAGGAUCUAACUUUGAUGGGCAUAUUGGAAUACAGUCAGAAAACCAACCUCUGGGAAAUCAGUUUGCAAGAGAAACCAAUUUUAAUAUGAGAAUUCCACCUCCUGAAAACCAGUUUCCAGUGGAUCCAAACCAAAACCAAGCUCUUGAAAAUUUCGCUCAAGCACAGAAUCAAAGCCAUACAAACCUUGGAGCUGAAAAUUUUCAACCACCAGCUCAGCAGGAUUCAAUUCAACAGGGGUUUCCAGGACAACCUUAUUCUUUUCAACAGCAACCACAGCAGCCUUUUCAUGAACAGCAACUAAAUACACAGCAACAGUUAUCUACCAUUAAUCUCUCUGAGGCAAUGCAAAUAAGUGAACCUCAAAUGAAUUUCAGUGCUGACCUUUCUGAUCUUAGCAAUGAAGAUCUGUCUCAGAUUUUACCCGAGAUUGAAGCUGGACAAUCAAGUGCAAUAAAUCAGAAACCAAGUGAUCAGUCAAUGGACUUUGGAGAUAUCGAUACUAAUCUACCAGGUACUUCUCAGAAGACAAACUUGAAGACAAUCCUAAAAAAGAAAACUCAGCACCCAGGUGGGAGUAAAGGUCGGCCUGAUACUGCGACCAUCAUGGAACUGAUUAGAUACAGACAAAGAACAGAAUUACCUCCAAAAACGUCUGCAGCCUAUAAAUUUAAAUUCAAAGUGCCUACUCCAGUUUUUAAGAGAUUAAAGUUCAGAGUAAAGAAAAAUAAUAGUGAAGUGGAGAACAAUGAGCUCGACUUUGUUAGAAUGCAUCCAAAGGAUGCCAGAAAAUACAGUUUGUUGAAAAUAGGAAGGGAGAUUAUACAGCUAAAGAAACUAUCUGAGAACAUGAUAAAUGAAAUAAAAGAAAAUCUAAAAUCUGGGGAAGAUGUACCAGGGAUUCCUCCCCCUGUAAGACUUGUACAGGUUCCUGAUAUUCAACAAGCUGGUUCUAUUAUUGCAGAUCUUUUAUCAGCAGAUAGUCCACAUAAUGAUGAUAUGAUUGGAACAGGUGACAUUGAAGAAAUGAUGAAUGAUUCAUUUCCACAAGGCAUGUUAGACAACAUUGGAUCAUUCAUGGUUAAAAAGCAAAACAGAUUGACUUUGUCAAAGGAUAAGAAACCAAAUAGUAUGUUCAGAGGGAAAAACAUAGCUACUAUACCUCAUUUGAAGAAGUACAGGGCAGGAUUCCCAUACUUUGGAAAAGGUCAUGUAGGAAGGGGAGGGUCACAUAACACAAAAAUGAAGGCCAAUAAUAAAGGUUUGAAACCAGAAUAUGAAGAUGAUGAAAAUGUUAUUUUGAAAGAUGUGUGUCUGAAUGAUGGAAUCUUAACUCCAAUAAAGUCUAGAACACCAGUAGCUGGUCGAAGUCCUGCUCAUUACGGUGGUGGAAGCACUGUGCCUGAAAUAGACAAUCAGGUGAAAAACAUCCUUGAAACGAAAUUAAAAGAUUUGGACUAUGACUUGGACCUUAAUCAAUCAGGAAAUGCUCAGAUGUUUCAGGAUGUACUAAUGGGAGAAAAGGAAUUGCAGAAUAAAGCUGAAUUUGAAAAUUCUGAUGAAGAUACAGGUAAUAAAGAUGAGAAAGAAAGAAUGAAAAUAGACAAAAUUGAAAAAGCUAGUGCGGAAAAUACUGUAACAAGUGGUGAUGAUGAAAGGAAUAAUGUUGAUGAAAAUGUUGGUGAAGAACAAUUUGAAUCAGAUAAAAUUAAAACACAGGAAACGGCAUUGAAAGCAAAGGAAGACUUUGAAAAUAUUGUGAAAUCAGAAUGUCCUAUAACAAGUGAUAAAGGUUGUGAUGAUAAAACUGGAAGUGAUACAAGUGUUAAGGGUGAUUUGAAAAUUAAAUGUGUUAUUAGUUCUGACAAUGAAGAUAUUAAUAAUCGUGAAAAGAUUGACAAAAUAGAAUCAUUAAAAGAGUUGAAGAAACAAAUUGAGAAACAGCUUGAAAAUGGUAAAAGUGUAAAAACAGCUGAUGUAAAUGGUAUUUUUAAUAAGUCUGAUGAGCAUAAUGAUAAAGGUUUGGAUAUUAGACGUUCACGUUCAAGUAGCAGAGAUAGUCAACUGAUUCCUAGUCGAUCAAGUUCAAGAAGAAACUCUGUUAUUCUAAGUGGGAUGAGUGGAGAUGAAGAAAAGUGUUUUUGGUCAGCUGGGCCUAUAAAAAGGUGCCAAAGUUCAGAUGGCAGUGAUUCUUGUAGAAAUGAUUUUAAAAGAGUUAAAAAGUCAAGGACAUAUGGAAGUAGUACAGCUAGUUCUAGAAAAAGUUCAAGAAGUUCAUCUUUGGAUCAAGAUUCUAUGAGGAAAAAGUGCAAAUCAAAAAAGAAGAAUGUAAGGAAAUCUUACAGAUAUGACUCUGAUUCUGAUGGAAUUCCAGGUGUAGAUUAUAUUGUGGUAAAUAGAUUUAAAGGGCGUAAAGAGUUACGUGUAGUUUUAGAAAAAUUACAGAUUGACAAGGAUGUUAGUGUUUCAAAUGAACAUAAGAAAAACGGAUUAAGUUCAAGAAUGAAGAGUGAAAAAGUUGAAAAAAGUGGUGUGGAAGAGAAGGAAAGCAAGAAUAAUAUAGAAAGGAGUGCUGAACCAUCAAAAAGUGAAUGUUUGACUGGAUAUUCAGCUGAAUUUGAAAAAUUUCUUGCAAGUAAGUCAGAACCUGCUGAUAUAAAGAAUGAAUCUGAUUCUGACACUGAAGAUUGUGAUUUUCCAGAUAUUGUGUCUUGUGUAAGUUCUGAAGACAAUAAAAAACAUAAAGAGAAAGAUGAAGCUGUGAUACCUAAAACUGUUUGUGACACUUACGGAACAAAAUCUGAUGGAACCGAAUUCAUUGAUGAAUCUGAAAAAAAGGGAUGUGAUAGCAGUUCCAAAAUUGAAAAUGGUUUGAAAAGUACUGACUGUCUACAUGGACCAGUAAAUGACCAGGAAAGACAAGAUAUUACUGAAGAUGUUGGAAUACUAAGGCAGAAUGGUUGUUCAUCUAAUCAUGCAGGUACUAGAGAUUUUUCUAGCUCUAGUGAAGAGGAAAAGAUAUUGAAACAUGCUUUCGUGGGACCAAAAAAUGGCACAAAGAAUCAAUUAAAAUUUGACAGUAAAAAGAAAAAAGCCAGUAAAAGUAUACAUGAUGGGAGUGUGUUUUGUUCGAGGGGCAGAAAAAAAAGACCAAAACCAAGGAAGUCAAGAUCUUCUAAACUGAUGUGUAGUCUCUCUGCUCUCCAUGAUGCAACAUUAGAGAAGCUCACAAGUUUUCCUGUUUUUGGUGAAGUAGAUACUGGAAAUUCCUCCUCUAGUCAGUCACCGACAAAGAGUAGGGAUAUAUCAGAUGUAGACAGCCCAGCAAGAUGGCAACCAAGGAUGAAAACACCUGACUUUGAAUUGUAUUUGGAUAGAACAGAUGAUCAUGUUUCUCAUUUUGAAGAUACUUUGUAUAAAUUAGCUUAUCUUUCACCAAUGUCGUCAGAUACAUGUUGCGAUUCUCCGCCAAGACCACUGUCCCCUAAAGAAAUGAGGAAAAUUGACAGUGCACAAGAGCAUUCUUUUGAGAAAACUACUGAACAUAAUGAAAAGAAAAUGACUAUGUCAGAUAUUCUGAAAAAAAUGCAAGCGGGAUCAGAAGGCAUUCGAGACAGCGAGUCAAGCACUAGUAAAGAAAUGCCAGGCACCCCAAGUAAGAUUGCAGUUGCUAAGAUUGAAGCUUUGACUUUCAGCGAUAUAAAAUCUUUUUGCUUGUCAGAGAAGGAUAAUGAAGAGAAGAAAAAAGAACAAGAAGAAGAGAAAAGGCCUGAAUCACCACCUCCUGAUCUUGGACCACCUGUGCUUGAGUCAGAAAAGGACAAGAAAAUAGAGGAAGGAAGUCCUCCACCACAGCUCUCCCCGGAAAGAAAUGACGAGAGUGAUGAGGAAACUAACACUUGUGUUGAAUCAAACUUUUCAGAGUCAGAGGGUAAUGGGAAUACUCCACCAUUCCUUGUUCCAUGUAGAUCUCCAAGAAUUUCUUUAUCACCAAGGUAUUCAUCCCCAAGAGUUGCAAGAGGUUGCAAUGGUUCUGAAGGAGGAGAUUAUUUUAGUAUUCCCAUAGAGCGUGAUUCAGGGAGUCGCCCAGGUAGAUCACCAGGCGCUUGUAGUUCAAGUGGUUCUAUUAAUGUUAUUCAUAGUGAAGAGUUCAGUGACAUAAGUGAUGAGAAUGAUAGUGAUAUUGACUCUGGAAUAAGAAAACGUAAUCGCAUCGGGAAACCGAAAUACACCGAUAGUCCAACAAUGCCAAACUUGUCACCACGGUUGCCACCUGAUUAUUCAGGACAGCAAACACGUAGGAAUUCAGAUAUGGAAGAAAAGGAAAGAAAACUGAGAGAAAUUCAGAUGUUUGAGGAACGGUUGCAGAAAGUAGAUGAGGAAAAACGUCAGUGUGAGCAAAAGAAAAAUUCACGAAAAGCUGAUGAAAAUAGAAACAAUAUUUUUGAUUUAAUAUCAGGAAGAUAUGCAUUGCCAUUAAGUGAGUUAGUUGAUCAAAAAAUGAAAGAAGCAGCCAAAACAAAAACGUUCACAUUGAGAGACAAGACUGUAGUUCCUAUUAAGGAAAGAUUAAAGAAUGGUUAUUCAGGGGAGAUUCAAGAUUUGAGUAUUCCUUGCAAAAAAAAUAAUGUUGAGGAUAUGGAAAGAUUAAGAUUUGAUUCAAGGUUAAAAGCAGACUUUGCUAGAAAUUCUCAAAACAAAAAUUUAUAUCAAGAUGCAUCUUCAAGUUUUUCGAUUCAUAAAAAUGAGCUUUGUAAUGGAGAAGUUGACUUCUUUAAGUCCAUUCCUCACAUGAAUGGAGAAAUUAACCGCUCUUUAUCACAAAAUGACUCGCUAAUGACACAGUAUCAAAGUUUCAGGAAUUCUAAAGCAUAUCAAAACAUGAGUAUGGACUUAAAUCGUGCGGCUUUAGAAAGAAAUUCACCAUCAAACGGAAAACAUUUAAGUGAUAUAAGCUCGCCAAAAAAUUUAUUCGAAAGUUUCAGCUUCAGUCGUCCUAGUUCAAGACAAAGUGAUAAAGGAAUUAAUAGUGGGGAUUUAUUUGACUCGUGUUCUGAGGGGAGCUCUAGACAUUCGUUUCCAUCUUUUCACAGGUCUUUGUCAGAAAAUGGACGUACCGAUUAUGGUAUUGUUCGUAAUAACAAAUUAAGUGACUCAAUUAUGAGAAGUGUACAGAACUUUGCAAAUAGAGAAAAAGGUCAGUUUGAGACAUAUCAUACCUCUAAUCAUGAAAUACCUUUUUUUGAAUUGGGUGGCGGAGAGGGAAAAAGAAAGAAAACUGUUAAUACGCAAAGUCAGAGCAAUCAGGCUAGUUCUUCUCAUCGAAGGAGAUCAAGUCAUCCUAGUGGAGGUGAUGACUUUGGUGGUAACCAUGGAAACUGGGAUCAGGGUAAAGGUCAGCGUUACCAGACAUUUGACGAAAGUAGUUUACAAACUGGCUGCCAUGUGAUAACACCAAAUAAGGCCCCUCCAUCACUUGAUAGCAUUCUCGAAUCAGCCAAUCAGCAUGGUUUGGCAGCCUUUAGACCAACAGGUGCCUUUUACAGUAACUAUGGAGAUGUGCCUGAGAAACCAAGGGAGGGAGGUGGUCACAUCCUCAAGUUGCCGUCCACGCUGGUAAAGGAUCUGGAAGAGUUUGAUUCAUCGCCAUUGACAUCAUUAUCUUCAUCAUCACCAUCAUCAUUAGUUACUGGAAUUAAAAAUUGGAGAACUAUUUUAUGUGCCAAAGACUCAUUACUUUCAUCACAGACUGGAUCCACAGAUUUACUAGAUAGACUUGAUAGAGAACCAGCCUUAAAAUAUGCAAUAACUGGGGACCAGUCUAUUAUCAUCACACCAUGUAGUCUUCCCCCAUCCUUAAAAACUGUUCAAAAAUGGUAUGAAGGAAAAAAAGUAUAUAAAAACUUAAAAAAGAAAGCUUCUUUACAAGAGGAAGCAAAAGGAAAGAAAGGCAACUCGAAGGAAAACAGAGAAGUUGCUGAAAACAGUAAAAAGCUUGCAAGUGAAACUGAAAAAGUAAAUGUAUCAGAAAAUAUAGAAUCAACAGAGAGCAAAUUUACUAAAGUCACUCCAAAAAGAAAUGCAAAGGACCAAGAAGAAAAAGUCACAAAGUCUGAAACCACCUUUGAAAACCUUGAUAUAAAAAGUCCAUCUGCAGAAAUUGAAGACCUAAUUGAAAGCCCAGGUCAAAGCCAGUCCCAGGAUAUUGAAUCUACUUUGUUACACAGUACACCGGUACUGCGUAGAGGAUCUACCGACUUGUUUGAACCGGAAUGUACACCAAUCACUGGUGAGAAGAGAAAUCGUAACAGCCAGGGUGAUGAAGGUUCAGACUUUAUGACACCGAAGCGGAUACGACCAAUAAGAAGAUUAUCAACACAAACAGACUCCACUCUCAGGAAAGCUAUUCUGUCUUCACAAGUUAGACAACAGUUUGGUACACCAUCCUUACAUAGGAGAGAUACAUCUCAGAUUGAAGGACCGUCAUUGAAGAACUCAUUUGGAUUUAAGCAUAGUCAACAGAAUCUGCAAGAUGCCAAGGCCUUACAUGAGUAUCAGAAUUUAACCGUGCUCAGUGUGGAAAUUCAUGCAGAAUCCAGGGGAGAUUUGAAGCCGGACCCAGAAGUUGAUGACAUUAAGGCAAUAUUUUAUUCAAUAUUCAAUGAUGUGCAUCCUGAGAAGGGAACCAGAAAUGAAUCUGGUGUUUUCAUUGUGGACCCGGCCUCAGCCAAUGAAAUUGCAGAUGACAAACUAUCAACCAAUCAGAAGGUGUCUAGUAUAAGACCAGGUAGUCCUCAGCCUGGACCAUCUAAAGCACCUGACACACCAAAGGUCAGAAGGUCGGAAGUCAUUGCAUCAACUUCAAAGGACAUUGCUGUAGGCUCACAGAUCAAUAGAAAGAAUACAUUGUUGGAGAAGUCUGGUGUUCUGGGUUUAACUGUAACCUAUGUGAAAGAUGAAAAUGAACUUCUGCAAAAUUUCAUUGGCUUUGUACAUAGGUGGAAUCCAGACAUACUUGUUGGUUACGAGAUUCAGAUGUUGUCAUGGGGUUAUAUACUGCAGCGAGCCUCCCAACUGAGUAUAAAUCUUACCCAGGCCAUAUCUAGGGUGCCAUCGGACAAGACAGCAAGUCACCACUCGAAGGAGCAGGACCAAUUUGGGGCUGAUUAUGCUUCAGAGAUACAUAUUUCUGGCCGUAUAGUUCUUAACUUGUGGAGACUGCUCAGACAUGAGGUGACACUGAAUGUGUACAGUUUUGAGAAUAUUGCCUAUCACGUGCUUCAUAAGCGUAUACCAUUGUUCUCGUUCCGGAAUCUAACAGCUUGGUUCAAACAUCGCACCCAUCUUCACAGAUGGAAGGUGGUUGAACACUAUGGUACGAGAGCUAAAGCUAACAUUGAGAUAAUGGAUCAACUUGACAUGGUCGGACGCACUAGCGAAUUUGCUCGCGUGUUCGGUAUUGAAUUCUAUGAUGUACUCUCCAGAGGGUCUCAGUAUCGAGUUGAAUCCAUGAUGUUACGUGUUGCCAAGCCCAUGAACUACAUUCCCGUGUCUCCCAGUGUACACCAGAGAGCUCGAUCAAAGGCACCAGAGUGCAUACCGCUCACCCUGGAACCAGAGUCUAAGUUCUACACGGACCCAGUAGUGGUUGUUGACUUCCAGUCCUUGUACCCAUCUAUAAUGAUAGCCUACAACUACUGUUUCUCCACGUGUCUUGGUAGAGUUGAGUGGUUCAAGAAUGCUCAUGAAGGGCCAAUUGAGUUUGGAUGUACAUCACUUGGUCUGGAUCCAUCAGUAAUAAAGAAACUGUCAGAUAAAGUGUCAAUAUCCCCUAAUGGAGUUGUGUUCUGUAAACAGUCGGUUAAAAGAGGAGUUCUACCUAUCAUGGUUGAAGAGAUACUUAAGACUCGACUGAUGGUGAAAAAAGCCAUGUCUAGUUAUAAAGAUGAUAAGACAUUGAGUAGGAUGUUGAAUGCCAGACAGCUGGGUUUGAAGUUAAUCGCGAAUGUGACAUAUGGUUAUACUGGAGCAAACUUUUCUGGUAGGAUGCCAUGUAUUGAGGUUGCUGAUAGUAUAGUAAGGAAGGCCAGGGAGACUCUUGAACGAUCUAUAAAGUUGAUAGAGGAUACACCUAAAUGGGGAGCAAGGGUGGUUUACGGUGAUACAGACAGUAUGUUCAUCGAGCUUAAAGGUCGCAGUAAAGAUGAAGCUUUUAAGAUCGGGCAGGACAUCGCAAAAUCUGUGACAGCCAUGUUCCCUAAACCUAUCAAACUUAAGUUUGAAAAGGUGUAUUUACCAUGUGUGUUACAAACAAAGAAGAGAUAUGUUGGUUUCAUGUACGAGACACCAGAUCAGAAAGAACCUGUAUAUGAUGCCAAGGGGAUCGAGACAGUGCGUAGAGACACUUGUUCUGCUGUAUCCAAGGUUUUAGAGAGAUCUCUGAAGGUACUAUUUACAACAAAGGAUGUGUCUCAGGUGAAGUCGUAUAUUCAACAACAGUGUCAGAAAGUCAUGGAGGGCUCUGUCAGUCUACAGGACUUUGUGUUUGCCAAGGAAUACCGAGGCAUGCCAGGGUAUAAACCUGGAGCCUGUGUGCCAGCACUCGAGAUUGCCAAGAAGAAUAUACGUCAGGAUCGUCGUUCAGAGCCUCGUGUUGGUGAGAGAGUCCCGUAUGUGAUCGUGUACGGCAGUCCAGGUCUGCCUCUCAUUCAACUUGUAAGAACUCCAUCCGAGGUACUACAGGAUCCAUCACUCCGUCUGAACUCUACCUACUAUAUAACAAAACAGAUAUUACCUCCCUUAGAUAGGUUCCUGUCACUCAUGGGAGCUAAUGUGUUUUCAUGGUAUCAAGAGAUGCCCCAUUCAGCAGGAAGAGUUGUUUCUCACAUGGCAGGGUCUGAACAAGCUAAAAAGGGAACUAUAUCACAGUAUUUUGUGACAUCUAAUUGUCCUACGUGUGAGCGACAGACAAAGAAGUCAGUAUGUGAGAGUUGUAUGAAGGACCCUCAGCUUGUUUGUAUGACCCUUAAUGACAGGAUCACACGCUGGGAGAGAGUUCACCAUCAUUUACAACAGAUCUGUGGAACUUGUGUGGGAACUUCAGACUUGUCGACUAUAACUGCGUGCACAACUUUGGAUUGUCCGGUACGGUACAGACGGGCUCGUGCAUCUACUGACAUGAUUAAAGCUCAAUCUUACAGAGAUAUCCUGGAAAAGUUCUUCAAAUAAAAUAUUUCAUGGUGAACAAUAAUAGAUAGACAGAAAAUGAUGGAAAAAAGUUACAGUAUUUGAAAUAUGGACCAACAAGAGAGAAUUUAUGUGUUAUGGAAAAUUAGUUCCAAGUUUGCUAUGUCAUUGAAACAAAAAUUUUGUUGUGGAUUUUUCUUUGGAAGUUUUUCUUUUCUGACAAGUUAAUAAGUCUUAGAUAUUGGAAUAAAUGUUUUCUUCAUAGUGGCUUUUGCGUUGUGAAAAAGAGAGAAUGUUUCUUUCAGAUAGGUUUUAUGUCAAGGUUCAACAUUUUAAAUGGAUAUUUUUCCCUGUGAAAAGGAUUAUGAUAUGGGUUGAUAUUGGUAUGUCCUAAAUUGAGUUGUGCUAAUAAUAGAUGUUAGCCUUACAUAUAUACAUGUAGAUUAUCUGGAAAAAUAUGUUAACUUGGAAAAAAGGACUAGGAAGUAAUGUUAAAACUUCUAUUUCUUUAAUAUGAAUGAAGUGAACCUGGAAAAUGUUGCUUUCGUGUUGAAAGUUUAGUCUAUUGUUGACGAUUUUCUAUGUUUUCUGAUCAGUUUCAUUGAAAACAUUUAAGAGUGACUUUAUUAAAGGAUUUCCAGUUCAUGCAGAUAUUGAUUUCUUGAGAAUAAGUACUACAAAUAAUAUAAUUGUACAUGAAAAAAAUGGUUUAUUCAUUUGUAUAUGACCAAUAAAGAUCAUUUGCAUAAAAAUGACCGAUUGACAAAAUAAAAACCCACCUGAUUGGUGGAAAGUAAAAUGUAAACAUAUCUAGGACAACUUUAUUAGCAUUAGAAUAGUUUUUAUUAUUUUUUAAGCCUGUAGUUGUGAAAAAUUAUUAUUUAUGAUAUUCUUUUUUAUGAAUGAAAAAUCUUCCUAUAUUUGUUUCCAUUAUGUUCCCGAGUGUAUUAUUUUUAUUAUGUUCUCAAGUGUACUUUCUAUGUUCUGUAGUAUAUUUACUUUACAUACUACUUCAUCAUUGAUAUCAAACCAACACAAUUCUGAUUAUGCAAAUAAGAAUUAUUAAUAACACAAAAAUAUUUUUAACUGAAACUGGACAAAUCACAUCUUUGCUUCAACUCUUGUUAUCCAAGUUUUCAAAUCAAGGGCUGGGUGUGUGCAGGCAAUCAAAUUGGCGUCGAACAGGUGGUUUCCAGUCAAGAAUUAGAGUUUGGAACAAGUUAUUAUAAUCAAACUUGGCAUAUAGCAUGCUUAUGAGAAGAACUUGCUUGGGAUUGCUUUUGGGUGUCCUAGAGAUAAGGUCAAGUCACUGUUACUAAAAAUAAAAAAAUGGUUACUGGUUUGAAAACCUGUUUUCCGGGUAUUGCCAUGUUUCUUGUUUCUUAUAUACUGUGUUUAAGUGUAGAUGAUUGCUCAAAUUUUUCUCAACUUUCAAACUUUAAUGCUCAUUUUAUUUAUUUUAUUUUCUCGAUUAUAUAUCUCAGUUUUGGAUUAAUAACCAACUUAAUUGUAUUAUUUUGAACUGUGGAUUACACUUGAAUCAGUACACACCAAGGAUGUAAAAUUGUGACUUAAAGUAAUCUUCCAUUUUCUGUUUGAAAACUUGAUUUUUUUUGAUUUUUUUUAAUCUGGGAUACCUUUAAUUAUGCUGUGUAAGAAUGGAUUUCUGUGUUAAUUAUUAUUCUGUUGACAUAUAUGUUUAUUGUUGGCAUAGUGUGCAAUAUGAAGUUCUAUUUUUAGAAAAUUAUGAAAGUUCUAUUUUUAGUAAGUUGUAAAGUUCUAUUUUUAGUAAGUUAUGGCACUCUUUUUUUAACACUGUUAAUAUGGUUAAGUUUCCUUUCUCAGGCUGCAAGAUUUUGAUUUUAGCAUAUUUUUGUUUAUUAUUUCUAAAGAGGACAAAGUUGUUUUUAGAAUUGAAUUUUCAGCUGAAAAUUUAAAAAUUGAAAAAUUAGAUUUUUUUAUAUAUAUCCCAAAAAGUGAUGGCCCUUCAUAUAGUCAAGUUGUCAGAUUACUGUUUAUUUUUUAAUUCUAACAUGUUUGAGAGAUUUGGAAAUAUGAGAGACCUGCUUUGUUUCCCACUAUUGUGUCCGUGAUAUGUGGCCCUUUUUAACCAAGAGUUGUGGCCCUUUUGAAAAAUUAUAUACAUUUGAAGCACAAACCCUUGUUUGGAUGCAUGUGAAUAAAAAAAGUAGAUUUCUCACACAUAUCCUUACAGAAUGAGAAAAAAUAUAAUUUUUUGUUUGUUGGUUUAUUAAAAAAUAUUUUUUUCUGUCUGAUGAGAAAUGCUUCAUUUUUGUUUUUUUUUUCUUAUUCAUUGAAAAGCACCUAUGAUAUGAUAACACUCUUUUCACCUGUUUAUUUGCCACAAAAUCAUACCGUAAUAUUUGUUUUGUUGGUAACUUUUUGUAGACGUAGUUCCACAUUAAUUUCUCAGGGAUUUAUUUCGCUUUGUUUUGUUAUAGCAUGUAAUGUUAAGCUUUUUUGUAUUAUUUGUGUGUACAAGAUAUGAAAAUGGUGAAUGCAGAUGAAUAGGAAAAAGUUGAUGAUGGUGAUGAAUUUUUAUUACAGUGGACAUCAUUGCUUGAAGUUGUAUUGUAAGGGGCGAUAUGAUUGGGUGAUGAGUUGUUGUUAAAAUUAAUGUCAUUGGAUUAAGAUUUGUUAGGAAGGAUAUCAUUGCUUGAGGACACAAUUGACAUUUUUGGCUAAAGUUAAUUGUAACAGGGGAUGUUAUUGGUUCAGGAAUUAUGUUUUCAAACUGUCAUGCUGACGGGUGUAGACAGAUUAAACAUAGGAAUGUUGGACUGGCCAUUGGUAUACCUAUGUACGCAUUUCUAGCUCAUGAAGGAUAUAGGGAUGCCAUUUGUUGGGAUACCAUUGUUUGAGGAGUUAUUUGUACUGUUGAUGUUUUUUGUUGAGAGCUUUGGUUUUUGUUAAAUUCAUUAAUGGCAGAGUUACGAGGCAAAAAGUUUGUUUAAGAGUUCCGUGUCCGGCCCUGAAUUACUUAAAAAUUAUAUCAGAUGUUCUGGUCUUAGACAGUUUAUCAAGACUUUUACUGCAGAUAUUUUCUAUAUCUUACAUAAAAUGGCAGUUUUUAAUCCCAUCU